AGCCACGCAGCCCGAGAAAGCCACACAAUCCUGUGAUCACGCCUACCAAGAGAUGAGCUGUGGAUUGGAUUCUGCUUCACUGUGUGUUUGAACAGUUUAGUAAGAAUUUUUAUUGGCUAGAAUGUCCAUAAAGACAAUGCCAGUCCCGCAGACCCUGAUGGUAACACUAACCAACCCAGAUGAGGACAGAAGUGUUUCAUUGGCCCAGGAUGACUACCUCUCCAGUUUGAAGGCUUUGACUGAGAAGCUACACCUUGAGACAAAGAGGCCUUCGCAUAUGGAAUGGAGGUUUCAGCUAGAGACCCAGCGAAACAAAGCUCUGCAGACCUCAGUGGCUGUUAAAGAAGGACACAUACGAUCGUGGAGUUCUCUGAAGUGGACAAAAUCAUCAUUGGACUUUCCAGUAAACAAGCUUCAAAGGCAUCCACCUGAGAGGCUGAAAGGGUUUGGAAGCAUUAAUGAGGCACUGGAAUGGCUUAGAAAAGAGUUGAUGGAGAUGCGUGUACAGGACCAGCAGCUAGCUCUCCAGCUUGUGCGUCUCCACGGUGAUCUUAACAAGCUCAAAAUUGAGCAAGCAUGUAAACAACAUCGGAAGAUGUUAAACGAUGCUACGUUUGAGCUGGAAGAGCGCUAUGAGAUGCUGGAUCUGCUUUGCGAUGUUCCUGUCACCUCUGGAUUCGGGAUCUCUGCACCACUCAAGCUCAUUGGCAUCACAAAGAUGAACAUCAGCUCCCGUCGCUUUUCUCUAUGCUAAUAACUCUGCAUAGACUGAGUAUAUGGCAGAUUUCAUUACAAACUAAAAAUGAGCACUUAAAAUGCAUUUAAUAUGUUUUGUCUAAAGUCAUUAUCAUGGUUUAAUUCACCAUCAGUGUGAUAUGGUGAUACACUGGGUGGCAUUGCUUUGGCUCGAUUCUGAGCUUCUUUACUGUCUGUGCAGACAUGCUCUAUUCACAUGGGUUUCCUUCAGAUUCCUCCCACUGUCCAAAAAAUGCAAUUGCAGAGUGUCUAUGCUAAUUGCGUCUUUUGUGUGAAUAGGUGUGUGAAUAUUUCUGUUCAGGGCUCCCUGCAAUGGACAAGCAAGACUCUGACAGUGAGCAGAAUAAAGUGUCUACUGAAAAUGAGAGAGAGAGAGAGAGAGAGAGAGAGAGAGAGAGAGAGAAAUGCAAAGCAUAUUUUAAAGUAUUUGCAUAAAUUCCACAAAAAUAAACACAUACCUGUAUAGAUGGUAGAUAAGAACAUGUUAAGGCAGAUUAUGUUUUCAAAUCCAUGAUUUAGCAUAUAUUCGCUAGCUGGAUAACACAUCUAACCAGUUGAAAAUCGUCAAAUUCCAUUCAGUAAUAACAUUUUUGUUUAUCUUCCUUUCAUUGUGUCAGUUUACUUAGAACAUCUUUAGUGAGACAGAGUUGACUAUGACAGCUAGACAAACGCUUCUAAAGGCACUGCACCGCCAAUCAUUCAGAGUAGAUCCAUGAUGGAUCAAUAUGCAAACUGCACGCAGUUUUUCUAAUUAAGCUACAUCACCUUUCAUUUAGAGUGCACAAAGGAUAUCAGAGUGCACAUCAGGGCAGGGAAUUAUAGUGUUCUUUACUAGUUUUGUGCAUAUGUUUGCCUUUAAACCUUUUGAAUCUGUAUUUCUUUUAAGAGAGAUUUCCAUGAAUCCACUCUCUCACUCUUUGAUCUCUCUGUAAUCUUUGUACGUGAUCUCACUGGGCUCUAUGGUCUCCAUUUGUACCAGGAGAAAUAAGCCAGAUGUCCAUUAAAUUACAUGCACUAUAUGACCAAAUGUUUGUGGACACCUGAUCUUCACACACACAUAUGUGCUUUUUAAAUGUCCCAUUCCAGAUUUAGUUCAACUUUGCUGUUAUAAUAAGCUCAAUUCAUCUGGAGUGGAAUUUUUAUAAUAGAAUUGAAUAGAUCUUCAUUGUCAUUGUUUUAAAAAUAAUGAAAGACAAAGAUUAGUAGCCCACAAGAAUUGGGAAUGUAAAUCAAAUGUAAAUAGAAAGAGCAUGAAUAUGAACAAAAGAGAGAAAAAAAACAGUGUGUGAUAAUAUAGACAAUAAUGUGUAAUAAGUAAUGUAGCACAAAUAAGCAGCAUAGUGCAUGUAUGUUGGUGGUACUGCACUUCUAGUUUAAGAGGUAGGUCUUCAUUGCACCUUAGUGUUGAGAGAGGGUAAAGAGAGGAGGUGGAGAGUUUAUGCAUUUUACUGCUUGACUUUCUACUAGAUGUUGGAGCAUGGCUGUGGGGAUUUGUGUUAAUUUAGCCACAAGAGCAAUAGUGAGGUCAGGCAGUGAUGUUGGGCGAGGGCACAGUCGGUGUUCCAGUUCAUCCCAAAGGUAUUCAGGUGGUUGAGUUUAGGGCUCUUUGCAGGCUAAAUUUAUGGUUUUAAUUUCUGAUUAAAACUCUUAUUUAUAGGGGAUAGGUAAUAUUUUAUGCACUGAUUGUCCAAUGAGACAAAUUAUCUAAUGACACUGAUUAGUGCAGUGCAUACAGUGCAUUUGACAUCAUAUGUCAAUUGAGACACAGCUCCAGCUCUAGUUGUGUAAUUUCUGGUUUUGACACUAGACAAAUGCACACUAUUUUCACUUAUAUGUCUUAUAUGAGCCAACUACAGAGGAGGAGUCUUUAAUGCAAGUGCUUUAUUUAAACGCCUUAGGCAAUAGCAUAAUUCAUUAGUUAUCCAACAUAUCCACUUUAAGAUGCAUUAUAUGUUAGACAUUUCGUGUGAGUUAAACGUGGACAAUAAACAUGGCUGAUCUACAAUGUU